ACACGGUCCGGUCUAAUGUUGUGAAAGCUGCAGGGAAGGAAGGACAGCACCAUGAUGAUGAGCCAAUGAAGCAGACCGGGGCGCGCUUUCUCCCUCCAAACCAGCCAUCAAUCCCGCAUCGAUCCCCGCCCUGUUUGUCCCAGAGCUCUGGGCAGACCUGCCCUUUUGCCGCCGCGACCUUCCUCGUCCUCCCUCCAGCCGACGCCACAGUGGGAGGCAGGCUUGGGCAGGAGAGCCAUGACAUCACCCCUCCUGCAUGCAAAGGCACAAAGGCGAGAAGCAGCUGCAGGAGGACGGUGAUGAUGAUGUUGCAGAGCUCGCCAAGGAGACCCGGCGCGGCUGCUGCUCACGCUGCUCUCGCUUUCCUUUUCCUCUUCCUCCUCCGCCUCUAACUCAGCCUCCGGCUCGCCGCCUGCUUCUCCCCCCGAUGCAGACGCCAGCCCUGGCUGCGCCCGUGCUCGUUGGGGGAACCGGGAUCCAGCGCCGCCCUCGCCGCGCAGCAUGCCCUGGGGGGUUGGCUUCGCCUCGUCCAGGUCGUGCGUGGUGGAUCUCAGCCGGAACCAGAGCCUCUGGUGCGCGGGCUCCGACGAGCGCUUCUCCUUUUAUGGGGAGAUCAUCGCUUUCCCUCUGCAGGAUUACGGCGGGGUCAUGGCCGGGCUGGGGUCCGAUUCGUGGUGGAAGAAAACCCUCUAUCUGACCGGGGGAGCCUUGCUCGCCGCCGCCGCCUACCUGCUCCACGAGCUCCUGGCCAUCAGGAAAGAGCAAGAGGUUGAUUCAAAAGAUGCUAUUAUACUGCAUCAGUUUUCAAGGCCAAACAAUGGUAUUCCGAGUUUAUCUCCUUUCUGUUUGAAAAUGGAGACUUACUUAAGGAUGGCUGAUUUGCCCUACCAGAACUACUUUGAUGGAAAACUUUCCCCUCAAGGGAAAAUGCCGUGGAUUGAAUACAAUUGCAAAAAAGUGUCCGGCACAGAAUUCAUUAUUGAUUUUCUGGAAGAGAAGCUUGGAGUCAAUUUAAACAAACAUCUUGGCCCACAUGAAAGAGCUGUUUCUAGAGCUGUUACAAAAAUGGUGGAGGAGCACUUUUACUGGACCUUGGCAUAUUGCCAGUGGGUGGACAAUCUCCAUGAGACUCAGAAGAUGCUUUCCUUUACUGGUCCUUUUAGUGACCUGCUGAAGUGGAUUCUCUGCCAUAUAACGAAAGGAAUAGUGAGGCGGGAAAUGUACGGCCAUGGCAUUGGCCGCUUCUCUGAGGAAGAGAUCUACAAGCUGAUGGAGAAAGACAUGCGCUCUCUGGCGGGUCUUCUGGGUGACAAGAAGUACAUCAUGGGGCCCAAACUUUCCACUUUAGAUGCUACAGUCUUUGGACAUCUAGCACAGGCAAUGUGGACGCUGCCAGGAACUAGGCCGGAGAGACUAAUUAAAGGAGAACUGAUUAACCUUGCUAUGUACUGUGAGAGAAUAAGGAGGAAAUUUUGGCCAGAAUGGCACCAUGAUGAUGACAACACUCUGUAUGAGUCAGAAGAAAGCAGUGAAGCAAGUAAGACUCAACCGUUGCAGGACUUCAGUUUUUACUCAAGGACAGAAACAUUUGACGAUGAGGGAACCGAGAAUAGUUUUUCGCGAACACCUGACACCGAUUACACGGGACAUUCCCUCUUCGAUUCUGAUGUGGACAUGGAUGACUACACAGAUCAUGAACAAUGCAAGUGAUGUGUCUACAAAAUGCUUCUCCAUCUUUUAUCAGAAAUGCCACCACCUCCUGGGAAUCCUGUCAAUUGGCCCAGGUUCUAAAGAGACCCAAAUUGGUUGGGAUGUGAGACAAUGUUGCUUUAUGCCAUUCAUGUGGAUCUUUUCAGCAUUUUUAUUUUUAUUAGAACAUUCCACUGGAUUCUAGAGAAACCAUUUUUAAUUCUGUUUAACAAGGUGGUAUAGUUGACAAGGAAGGUAAUGUGUGGGGACGAGGACCCCCCUUUUUAAAGAAGAACAUUCCAGAAUGAUAUACAGAAACUAUCCAUAGGCCAAAAGGAAGUAUUGAGAAAGGCUGAUGUUUGAGCUGAUUUCUUCCCAGAGACAGGCUUGGUGGAGGGAGGAAAGAGGGGUCAUUAGGACUUCAUUUCUCGUCUCUACAUAGAUUGUGGAAAUGGUUGAAUGGAGUAAACACAGUGAGGGAUUAUAACAUUAUCUCCACCCUGCCCCUCUCUGUCCUCCAUAAGUUUGGGUGUGCCAAGUGACUGCGUUUCCUCUGUGCACCCAUAUGGGGAAGGUUCACCUGGUCCCCAGUUUCACAGAGAAACAGCCAACAGAGACAAAAAGAAUGAGGGGUAGUUGUUUUUGCAUUCAAAAUCCCACCAACUGUUUCCCAUCUGACACAUCAGCUUGGCAAUUUAUUUAUUUAUAUUGUAACUUUUUUUUAAGGGGUCAGUGCACCAAUUUUGCUCUCCAGCCUGAUGGAUAAAGCCCACUGCCAACAUUUCAUCACACUUUUGUGUGACUGAGAAGCAGAAGCCAAGUUCAGGUUAUGCAGAUGGAGAGGUGAACUAUGCACGGAGAAGCAGAACUGAUUUUUGAGGACUUGAAUUGUGGGAGGUCAAAAGAAGAGGUUUAGUCUUCACCCAAAUUCCUUCCUUUACACUUAAAAAACAACAACACACCCUUUCUCUACUACAUAAAUGAAUACUUGGUUUUCUCUCCUCUCCAUCUCUGAAUUAGAGGUCUGUUUCUCACUAGGAUCCUGUGCUGCAGCCUUCACUGAUGUCCUCCCAGUAUACAAGUCUUCCUUACACACAACAACAGGCUUUCUGCUAGUACUUAAUAAUCUUCCCAAGGAGCUUUUAGCAGCUCUUAGGUGGAGCAUGCCACAAACAUCUAACAUCCAGAACAUGGUGGUGUGCUGCAGAUGUUUGCAAAGGCAACUGAUUUUAUUACAGGACAGGAUUCUGAAAGGAAAGGCACUUGGGGCACCAGUUUCUGGGAUUUUAUAUGUAAGUAUUUAUACUCCCCUAUUCUACCCUAAAUGAAUUUCCAGAGCUCUGACUCCAGCUGAGCCCACGCUUGGAGCAGUCUGUCUGUUAGCAAGAUGUAUUUGAAGCCACUCUUUUGCCCAUUAACAACCAUCUCCCUCUUCUUGUGGCUCCAUCAGUGUUUGGGUCAGUGUUAAACAAUUGUCAGUGUAUAAGCAAACUAAUGGAGAUGGAAAGAAAAUGGUUUCUCUCCUUUUCUCCCCACCCAAAGAGAAUGCAACCUUACACAGACUGGGCUACUGUAGGGAAGGUAUAUUGGAGUUUGCAGACUAAUUUUUAUCGUUUUCAGGGUGCUUUGGGGUUCCCAUUGAGCCAGAGAUAACUUGAGCUAUACGAUUCAGCUCCAAAUGCAUAUCCAGAUGUAAUUAUAUCCACCUUCAUAGUGAGCUGCUCAGCCAGGACACAAGUGUCCUUGCAACAGGAAGCAAGAUAUGAAACCUCCAGAGAUAAACUGGGAUACACUGAACCAGCGUGCCUGGUCUCCUAACGAAUAUGUGCUUCUAGUUUUCUUAUAAAAGAUCUUCUAAUUUUCUGGUUCCUGGAAUUUUCUUAGUUGCUAUGUGGCCUAUUCCUUCUUUGAAAUGUAGUUUAUGAGAACAGUAGCUACUCUCAUUAUCCAUAAAAAAAAUGUUCGUAGGCUAUCCUCUUUAAGGUCCCAACACUUAGCUGAUGCCUUUCUACAAAGAGAAACAAAAACACUAUGGAAUGUUUGAUGGGAGGUUAACAAGGCCUCUGCUUUACUUUUGCUGGUUCCAAAUAUUCCUGAAAAGACAGAGAAGUUGGUAGCAGCGGCAAAAAUUCAUUGUGCCUUGUCUGUAACGAUGAUAUUUGGUGAUGGAUGCCAACUGAGGCCUUAAGUCUUGUGAGCUAGGGAAAUCUUGUUGGCCUCUUGGCUUCCUCUGAACUUCUGUGGCUUUCCGAAGGACCAGACACCCAACUAAACACAGGGUUGAAUGUCUUUAUUUGUAUUUAUUUAUUCCCAUAUCCUGCUCUUCCUCUUCUUCGUUUUAACUGCUCCCAGUGUGGCUUCCAAUCCAUAUACAAAUGGUCCAACUUAAGAUCCUCAUCAGUACAAAUCACUCCCCAAGUGUACCAUGGUGGCUGGUGCUGAAAACCACUUAAUAUAUCCCCAGAUAAGCAGAAGAAUACCAUUAUGGUUGAUGGUAUUGAAAGGUGCUUUGAGCCCCUUCUGGAACAGCUGGGGCUGGAGUUGUCUCUGCCAAGUUUUUAGUGGCUUGUGAGGGUGCUUGGAAGUGUCUGAAUGUAGAUGGGGCAGGAUUUUCUAGACGGUGCAUGUGAUCACUCUGCUUCUAAGCUCCAUUUGCUCUGUUUGUUCAUAUUUAUUAAUAUAUUGGUUGCUUUUCUGUGUCAAAACAACUUAACACUCAAACAACUUAACACUAUGACAUAUAGAUAAUGUAAAAUUAUUGAAACCUAUACUUGGAUAAAUAUAGAUGGCUAGAUAUGUUAACAAUAAAAAGCAAAGCAACAACUUGCAGCAACAAUAAAAUGCACCAACAUCCAUAAAA